UUCCUUCCCCAAAUCCUCAUCUUUUAAACCCUAAAGCAACCCAUUAACCCUAGUUCUCCUUCUUCCUCCUCCAUACACAACUCGAAUCUCCUCCCCGCCCCCCUACCCACGUCGCCUCCGCUCCGUUAAGCAGCCAUGGGUCGUGUCCGUACAAAAACAGUGAAGAAAUCUUCACGCCAAGUCAUUGAACGUUACUACUCAAAAAUGACCUUAGAUUUUCACACAAACAAGAAGAUUCUAGAAGAAGUUGCUAUCAUCCCAUCCAAGCGUCUCCGCAACAAGAUCGCUGGAUUCUCCACUCAUCUGAUGAAGCGAAUCCAAAAGGGUCCCGUUAGAGGCAUUUCUCUUAAGCUACAAGAGGAAGAAAGAGAACGCCGUAUGGAUUUUGUUCCUGAUGAAUCUGCUAUUAACACUGAGAGGAUUGAAGUUGAUAAGGAGACUAUUGACUUGCUUGCUUCAAUGGGUAUGAGUGAACUACCUGGUGUUGUACUCAAGGAAGAGCAGACAGUAGCUAUAGCUGCACCUGUUGGUGGAUUCGGCGGCGGCCGUGGUGGAUUCGGCGGCGGUCGUGGAGGUCGUGGUGGGUACUGAGAUGGGUUUGUUCGUGUUUUUUACUUAAAUGUUCGUUUUUGUUGUUAUGAGAAGUGAUUUUUACUGAAUUGUAGCUUGAUUUUUAUCUGAUUAUGGGUUUAAAUUUGGGAUUUUGUGAACCAAUUUAGUGUUUUGAACUCAUGUUACUAUGCAUUUCUGUUUAUGAAUGGAAUAUUGCAGAAUUAAAAGGUA